AUGGCGGACAAUGCUCGCUCCUCAGACUUCUACGGCCUGUCUGGAGUUCAUGAGUCUUGGACCAGGCAGGAAGCUAAAAGGCUCAAAGAGCAUCUGUUGGCCCACUGCCUUGCUGCCUGUCGCCACAACGCUGCCACCGGCUGCAUUUUCUUUAAGCUCUUCUUCCAGAGAACUGGCUUGUUUUCAAGAUCUGUUGGUUUCGAUAGUGAGAGUUUCACUGCCACAGCUGAUGUAACCUUGUUUGUUUGUUUCUCAGGACUGCAGGAGUAUGUGGAAGCUGUCUCUUUUCAACACUUCAUCAAGACUCGCUCACUAAUCAGUAUGGAGGAGAUUAACAAGCAGUUGACGUUUACAACAGAAGACAGUGGGAAAGAAAGCAAGACUCCUUCCUCUGAGGGACAAGAUAAGCAGCUUGUUACGUGGAGACUGAACGUCACACCUGUUGACUACCUGCUGGGAGUGGCCGACCUCACUGGAGAGCUGAUGCGAAUGUGCAUCAACAGCGUAGGGAAUGGGGACAUUGACACCCCCUUUGAAGUGAGCCAGUUUCUGCGCCAGGUUUACGAUGGGUUCUCUUUCAUCGGCAACACGGGGCCCUAUGAGGUUUCCAAGAAGCUGUACACGUUGAAGCAGAGCCUGGCCAAAGUGGAGAACGCGUGCUACGCCCUUAGAGUCCGGGGCUCCGAGAUCCCCAAGCACAUGCUGGCAGAUGUGUUUUCAGUUAAGACAGAGAUAAUCGAUCAGGAAGAGAGCAUUUCCUAAGCAGCCCACUCCGCU